AUGGGUAAGUUUCACAGAUGUGCGAUCUAUCAGAUAUCCCGGGACGAGAACGCGAGGGCAGAUGCCUUGUCCAAAUUGCGGACUAUGGUGGAAGGGAUCAAGGAGAGGAAGAUCACAGUAAUGAUAAGAGAAGCUUCGGUGAUUGAUGAAAAAGUUGUCUAUGUAGUAGACGAGGCGAGCUCAUGUAGGAUUCCCUUCAUUCAAUAUUUGAAAGAAGGGAAGCUUCCUGAUGAUCCGAUCACGGAGAGGAGGUUACAAUUCAAAGCAAAUCGGUUUACCAUGUUGGGAGAAGAGCUAUACAAGAGAACUGCUGAGGGAAUAUUACUCAAAUGUCUGGAUGGUGAAAGAGCUCAAUAUGUGAUGAGGGAAAUUCAUGAGAGAAGUUGUGGGAAUCAUUCAGAAGUGGAAUAUUUUUCCAAGUGGAUGGAGGCGGAACCAUUGGUAAAGAUCUCUGAAAAAGAGGUAAUAAACAUCAUUUUGAAAAAUAUUAUUUGCAGGUUCGAGAUCCCCAGGGUACUGGUGUCGGAUAAUGGAACUCAGUUCCAAAGGAGGAAGAUAGUGGAAUGGUGUAAAGAGCUCAAAAUCAAGCAAAAUUUCACUACAAUAGGUAAUCCUCAAGCGAACGGGCAGGUUGAGGCAACGAACAUGAUCUUGUUGCAGCACUUGAAGACACGGCUUGAAGGAGCAAAGGGGUCAUGGGUUGAGGAGCUCCUUAGUGUGCUAGGCUUAUAA